AUGUCUUGGAAGCCAUUGAUACCCGUCUUUAAUCUUCUGCUUGUUUUCCUGCUUGCCGGAGAUCUCGGGUCCAAUAUUUUGGUAGAUGCCAAUGCUAUAGAUUGCAAUUAUAGUUGGACUAGCGGAGGCCCAAGUCAGAUACCUGGAGAGGGAUUUAAACCAUACUCGUGUGCUCCAACGGGGCGUGUCACGUAUCUUUGCGACAAAUGUGGAAGGCAAGAUAAACAAAUACCCUCUGCUGUGGAUUGCGUCACCCAAGAAGGAAAAGUGGUGAACCAUGGGGGUGCAUGGGCCUGCGACCUCCUUUUGACGCCCCUUUCAGAACCUCGCAAAGACGGCAGAAACUUCAAUUGCAACCAAUCUGCGACGCCGGACCUGUACUAUUGCAGGUCUUUCGGUAGGCCUCAACAAUGUCCGGAGGGUCAUUGUUGUGUUGCUGGUGAUGCCAAAUGUAAAUUUAACCCCUAA